AACCAAGCUGUGCCUAUUCCCCUCCUCCGGUCGUCGGUGUGUCGCCGCCGCCAACCCAUCGCCUCGCCGCAACCGCGACCGCGCCGGCGAGCUGCACCGCCCCCGUCGAAGUUUCCCGCGGAGCUCGUCGUUCUCGAGCCUCUUCCGAUGCUUUCUGCACGGCGAGCCGGCGCCGGCGGCGCCGCCGGGAAGACGUCGCAUGCUCGCCCCUGCAACCCUGGUUACCCGCGGCGCUCGUCGGUCCCGAUGACCGGCGGCGACGCGACUAGACCAGCCGUGGCGAGGGCGCUUCGCCUUCCGGGUAGUGGGGGAGGGGCGGGUUUCCAGCGGCGGGAGCCCCACCGAUGGCUCCGUCCCUGCUCCUCCUCCCGGAGUGGAGAUGGCGCCGCCGCCGUUCUCGCCUCGCGAUCCGGGAGCAGCGACAUGGGCCUCGGGGUUUCUUCUUUCUCGCCGUGCUCGCUUCCCCGCCGCGUCGACGCUCCUCGCCGGCGGCCAGUGUGGUGUUCGCCGGCUGCUCCUCCUCCUCCUCCUCCUCCUCGUGUGGAGGUGCAGAGCGUCCGGAAGAGGCGAAUGAGCGAGGAAUGGGAGGCGUUGAAGGCAGCCAUCGCCGACAUGUUCCGGCCCUUGCUGCGAAACCUAGCUGACAUUUGCUCUCUCCGCAGCGCCUACGACUUCGAGGACUAUCAAAUCGGCAUGCUCUUUGGUGCGUUUCUCGGAUAUGUCGGGUGCUACCAGCUGUGGAAGGCGGCUCCUUCCGUCUUCGUUGAUGCUGCCCUUGCCUUUGUGUUUUACAAGCUCAGCGUUGUGUCCUCAGAGCUGCACCGGCAGCGCAAGACAAACAGCUUGAUCACGCGGCUUAAAUUCGGGACCAUACUUAUCAUGGUUAUGAAAGACAUCAAGAAGAACUAUGUACUCCUGGACAUUAUUAGAAUGCCGGUUUUCUUCCUCUACAUUUGUGCGUUCGUAUUCGAUGUUGCUGGUAUGAAGAAGUAUGCCAGGCGCUCACUUAUUUCAUUGUUUAAUCUGCUGAAAUCUAGAGGUGGCAUACAAGAAAUAUAUAGGAUUAUGUGGUAUCCUGGUUAUAUAUCUCCAUAUGAUGAUUCUGCUGACUGGUGAUGCAUUUGUGUGAGUGGUUCCCACUUAGGAGCUUGUUCUAGGAAGGAUGGAGCUUGUUCUAGGAAGGAUGCCCUCCCCUUCACAAAGUUUUGUAAAGUAUAAUAACGAAUAAAUAGCUAUGAACGUAUGGUGAGUCUCUACAAAAGAAACAUUCUUCACUGUUUAAACAUCGACCUCUCGUUGAUUAGUACUGCAUCUGUUUCCCUGUGGAGUUUCCUUCUUGAAAAGCCUUUUUAGCUGAA